AUUCAUUAGAGCUGCAGUACCAUGUUGCAACACUGCUGGCACGUUCUUUGCUUACUACGGCUUCGUUACAUUUGUUGUGCGUUGUUUUAUUCCAGGCCUUUGAAAACUACAGGGAUACGUAAUUAUAAUAUUCGAAAAGACCUACUGCUAAACAAAACCGCAGUUCGUUCCACCUUUUGCUAAUUUACUAGUUUGAAUUUACCGGCGAAACCCUGAACCCUGGACUACAGUGCUGCCGUACCUUAAAGAACAGCCCACUGCUUCAUUAUUAAAAAGAAGAUGGCGGAGUUCUCCCCGGUUCUACCACUAAGCGAUGGAGACGGUCGGUUUGGACAACCGGUCUUCCCCAGGUCCCGCUCCGGUUCGGAGUCUGAAGCCGAACUGUCCCAGAGCUUGGCCCUGACCAAGACCCGUUCGUACGGCAGCACCGCCAGUGUAACCGCACCGCUAGCAGAGAAAUACAUCGAGCACCGGGUCAGUGCGAGUGAUACACUACAGGGAAUCGCUCUCAGAUACGGAGUCACGAUGGAACACAUCAAGAGGGCAAACAAAAUCUUUAGCAAUGAUUGUAUAUUUCUGAAGACAAGCCUAAAUAUUCCAGUGAUCUCAGAGAAAUGUAUAUCGUUUAAUGGACUAAACUCGUUAGAAUCACCGGACAGCGAGGCCAGCGUGACCGUGGUGGAGGAUGACUCCUCACCUUCUUCUUCCACCGCAUCUCCUUCUCCCAGCCCUCAGGAACCUGACAGCCAGCCCACUCAGCCAGAGGAGCUGUCAGCCAAAGAUUACUUACAGAGACUGGACUUGAAAAUUCAACUCUCCAAACAGGCAGCUAGGAAACUUAAAGAGGAGGACAUCAGGCUGGAGGGGGAAGACCAUGAGUAUGCAACCUCUUCAUACCAUACUCACUGAACCUGCUGAAUGGAGUCGUGACGGGGACUAAAGCUGUAAAAGCUUUCUUUGUUUUUGGAGAGGCAGAGACAUUUCCAGGAGCAGGGACUGUUUUUUUGUUUUUGUUUUGUUUUGGCAGUUUUUUUGUUUGUUUUUAUUUUUAUUUUAUUUUAUUUUGUUGUUGUUUUUCUUAUGCUUUUACCAAACCAUCAAACAGGUACUUUUGACUUGUGUUAUUUGCACUGAAACGGAACGGUUACUCUUUGCCUUGUUUUAAGGAACUGUCUAUAGCCACAGUACUGUGGUAGCAAGAACCCAUGUGAAUAUUACCACUGGACCAGAGUGUGGGUAAGAGAUUUUAUAUCAGUCAUUUACCAUGCUAAUAUUGGUGCUGAAACCAAGUAUUCAGAGCAGUGUGGUUACAAUGCCUGUCUCAACAAAUCAAGAUCUCAGCUAACUUAACAAGGGAAAAAAAGACAUACGGUGCUCAGUUCUUUUUAUGUGUAUUUACUUUAAAGAUAGGAAUGAGUGGGCACUGAUCAUUCGAUAUUACAUGGCUUUUGCGUGAAUGACUUAAUGGAUAAAUAUUGUUUCCAAAGGCAUUGGCACCCAAUAACUAAACAUUUUCACCACAAUAGCUUUAUUUUUAAUUGAUAUUGUUGUACCGCUUUUUGCUUCAACAGUACUGUGGAAACUGACCUUGCCUUCUUGAUUGUAUUUUAUUUAUUGUUUUAAAUCCAAGAUCCUUACUAUUAUAGUGAUAAUGGUGAGAGUGUGUUGAGGCUCCAGGCACCCAUGGCUGUCAUUGCACCCACAUGCCACACAAACACAGACACCCAUUUCAUUAGUCUACAGUUGGUCAACUGUGUCACCUUUUAAACCAGCUGAGGUUCAAAUAAACUUGCAAAAUAUAUCCGCAUGUCAGGAGACUAUUAUGAUACUCAUAUAAAUGCAGUAAAUAUAUUCCUUUCUGAAACGUAGCAUUCCUAUAAAUAUAUUCAUUUGUAUCACCAAUGCAAAUUAUGGAAAUCUCUGACUGUAAAUAAGCUGUGGGUGCAUGGAAGCGUGUUAUUCUUGUUUGCCUAUUCGAUGCUACUGAAUGUUUUCCAAAAGGGAUUAUUCUGUUUAGAAGCAUCCAUGUUUCGGUUGUGUGGUGAGUGAAGUUUGAACUAUUAUGGCUUUUAUUGUGUUUUAUUGUGCUUUUAUUGUAAUUUAUGGUUUUGAAUACAUUAAACAAUUCUGUGACAAA